UAAACGCGGGUGUGGCCACACGAGACGCCCAGUUCGAGUAAUUGGGAAGACAAACAUUUUGCUGGCGCGUUUUUAGUAUAGCUAUUAUACGGUAAACUAGGCGUGGACGAUUUCCAGCUAUGCAGGGCCUUCGAAGAAAAUUUACUGCAGCAUUGUAUUGCACUGCGCUGCAGUUCUGUCUGUGGGAUACGACGCUAGGCUGUCGCUUGGCUACACCAGACGAAAAAGCUGCCUUACAAAAUGAUGAGGGUUCUGGCGAUGGGGAGCGCGACACGGGCACCUUGAUGCCACAAACCGCCGCCAUAGUACGCGGAGCAUCCCCCGACUCUGAGGUUCCGGAGGAGACUGAGCAAGACUUCGAGGAGCGUGCUGCGUCGGAACCACGCAAAGAUUGGAUUCUGGCAAUAGAAAAAGCCCGUAAAGCGCUGAAAGGGUCCGCAGGCGAGUACAACAGCAUGGCCAACCCCGGCAUUCGCGUAACGAAUUUAAAGGAAGAAGAGCAAACCGAUCGUAAGUUGAAGAAGUACCAGCUCGUGUUACGUGUCGACGGCGAAACUUGCGCAGUUACGGUGAAACAGGAAUUCGACAAUAAGUAUACGGUCGAAGAAGCUAUGGACGAAGAAAAAGUGCAGCUUCUUCUGAAGAAGAGUAAACCUGAUUGCAUAAUGUGGUUUCAACUAACUUAAUAAACAUACACAUGACUAGACCGAAUAACAGUCAUCGCUUGUUGACAAUGUUAACAGAUUUCCUCUGACUAAUAAAACACAAAUGAGGCGUUUGCAUCCGUUUUCCGAAAAAUUACUCAUUAGGCUGUGUUUAAUGAGACGCAACGAUAGCUUUUGCCUGAAACAGAGUUGUUAAAACUAGCGUUGAUUUGUAAUUGUCGAAAACACGAAUAGGCCAUAUGCAUGUACGAGCAGCAAGUGAGUGACAGUCCCACAACUCUAUAGUAGGACUUUAAGAAACUGGCGUUUCUAUAUGUUUUUUUUUUUUUUUUUUAUUUCUACAGGUUAUUUCGAUUUAGUCGUUAAGUAAUGUAUCGAGCAGUGUUAAAUGCACAAUACACUUGGCCAGAUUAAUGAGGGUCCUAAGAUCGAUUCGAAUGAUUUUCCAUUUCUAGCUGUGUCUACUCUAUUCGAAGGACUAGAAUGGCAGCGUCGUUUGAGCCACUUAGAUUUAAAAGUAACAAAAAUAUCUGUUUAAUGCAGCCAUUAAUCCGUAAAUCGACUAGCUAAGGACUACGUAGGUCCAAGAGGAAAAAGCCGAAUUGGGUGUGUAGGGCAGGGUGGAAAAGAUGUUUUGGAACAUUCACAACAUAGGUUUAGACCUUUGCAGCAACGUCAGUCUACUUAAAACUAUAGUUUAACGAUUUCAGCUAGUCUUUGUUGCUUCCAACACAAUACCCAUUUGCCAGCGUGCUCAUAUUUUACUAUGUAUAUUUAUGCGCAGAGGUUCCAGUCUAUCAUUUCCAUCUCUUUUUAACUCAUCGUGUGCAUUCCCAAAACGGCCAAGCGUUAUCAGUUCCAUAUCGAGCUAGUCGAUUUAGCUUAAAGUCGACUUUUUUGUCGAAGACAUGUUUUUUUCAUUUUUAUAAUUAUUAUAAACGCGACAGGCUUUUACGACACGGCUUUGCCUAAUAGUGGUUGCCAUAUCUCCGCGGUGCAUACAUUGUGUGACAAAGCAGAAAAGCAAGUUACCUCUGAUGACAUUCUUUGUUUAGCAAUUCUAAGCUCAUCUCUGGACUGAAUGCUUAAAACAAGCCUAUCAAACCCUGUGUCAAGCCUGUGUUUUGAGUAAACCUCUAAUUUGAAAUCGGGUUAUCCAGUAGUGCAAUGACCCGAAGUACUUAGUAGGCAGUACUUGAGUUACAAGUUGCCAUCCGUGGAAAGGAAAUCCUCCAUUGAAACGAACUACAGGGUACACUCAGGAUAAAGGUAUUUUAGCUCCGACAAGUGUGAGUAUCCGCGCUGUCAAUCAACAAGAGUAAUCGUUGAACAUUGUAGCCAACGUAAAUUAAUCAUCCUGUUUGGCAGAUGUCUAUAAGGACUUCGUAGGCGUUUGCGCAGGCCUUCGGAAACGUUGAUAUGAAUUUUAAUGUAAUGUUAAAAGGCAUUUGCUGAUAUGUCGGUCAGGCGCGACGCGUCUGACUAAGGAACUUCGAGUAACGAAAGAGUUUUCUGUUAUGUCCGUUAUAAUUAUUAUAAACGCGACAGGCUUUUACGACACGGCUUUGCCUAAUAGUGGUUGCCAUAUCUCCGCGGUGCAUACAUUGUGUGACAAAGCAGAAAAAAGCAGAAAAGUUAUCGUUAUUUACAGAACAGUAAGAUCUAGAUCUAGAACUGAGAAAUAUGGCAGACUAUCACGGGUAUUCUAUCCAGACUAAAGCUACAGGCACGGACGCUUCUAUAAACGUUGCCGAAUGCUCACCGCAUUCGUAAUUGAGCUUAUAUAAUAUAAAAAAUAAUAAUAUACUGAGCGACCCUAUAAUGAAAUUGUUUUCGAAUAUCUAUUUCCCGUUGUGACGAUUUUCUUCAUUCAUCAACCUGUCUGAAAGAUCUCUGUUCGUCACAGAUUUUUUAAUCGUUACUCGAACCAACGAGGGGUCCAUCAAACAUUCAUCGCAGAUCUUCUUUGUUUUAUCGAACUUUUAGCUAAAAAAAGCUGGACAGAACGCAAAAUGUCGGCUAGAUUGCGUUAGCACUCGUGCGUCAGGAGUCUUCGGGAAUAGGUUCACAUUGUUUGCGCGUUUAUUAAGCUUGAAAAUGCAUGAAUAGUUAGAGGAUAUAACGCUUACUGGCUAAUUAAUUUCGCUGCCAUAACAUUAUAGUCUAACCGAUAUAAGUUCAACGAUUGAAUUUUCAUUCCACUUUGUUUCGCAACGAUGAAGAGAUCAAGCGAAUGUCUGGGUCCGUGUAAGUAAAAAUUGUUGUUAAUGAUACCAAUAUGUAGAAUGCAGGAGAAGUUUUAUGCUACAAUGUAAGCUGUUUCGUCUUUAAGAACAAAGCCAACAUUUGGCUGCGAUGAAAAUUCGCUCAGAAAUUGUUUUGUUGUUGUACAGGUAGCUGCU